AUGCUGCAGUGCGUGGGGGGGUCUCUCAGAUUUUUUUCACAUAGAACUAUUUGUAAUGCCUUCAAGAGAACGUUCAGCAAUGCCAAGAACAAUCUAAUAGAUGCGGAGAGCAGGAGAAUAGAAAAGACACUCCUGUACAUGGAACAAUGCGUACAAGAAGAAAAUGAGCAAAACACAAACUUAAUCAACUUCGAAACGGUAUAUGAUCGAGAAGACAAAUUAAAAACCAUAUACAUGAACUUAGUGAAAAUGUCGUAUAUGUUAAAAAAUAUGCAAAUCAAUGAGCAGAAAUGGCUAACCAUUUAUAAGCAAAUUAGCAGCCUCCACCCCCUCGAUGCAGAUCUCUUGACGGGGAAAGCAAACAAACACGCUUGCCAAAUGGAUGCAGAAUAUGACAGUUGGGUCUCUAAAAAAGAUCCUCCCAAUAAAGCAGUACAUGAUAAAUGUUGCCGCGAAUACAACCUGCUAAACCUAAACGCAUGCUAUAUAUUUGUCUUUAAAGUUGCAAUGGAGCAUCUGAUGAACUGCCUCUGGAUGUACACAACAAGCAAUUACUUGCUAAUACUAAACUGUUGUUCAAAUUUUUUCCAUUUUUUCUUCAAUUUGCACAGGAGAAAGGGACUCCAAAAAUUGAACUUCAUUUAUCUGCACUCGGGUAGCCACAACUAUGCAGACAACAUUAAGAUUUUGAAAAGUCAGAACAAGCAAGUGAUCAGGUGUAAAGAAAAUUCCACCAUCCCUUAUCACUACGAAGAGCUGUACAAUUUGAAAUAUCACCAAAUAGUUACUUACAAAAUAAAUCUGAUGACGCAGGUACUGCAGAAUUUAAAUUAUGACCUAUUAGACCGUGUGCAACUGGCCCAGCUAGCUAAUUUUUUCUACUUAGUAACGAAAUGUGGGGUCAUAAGUGAAAAGGGCGUACAAGAUUUUCUGAGUUAUUAUUUGGAAGUUGCAAAAAAGGCGGCAUCACCAAGCAAGUUGUUGCCAAACGAUGUUGCGCUCUUUUCCCAACUUAUCAACACCAUGUACUAUUCUAAAAUUGUUCACUCUGAAUUGGUGUCUCAUUUGGUUAGCUCUUUUAGAAGGCCCCAUGUCGACUCCCCUCACAUUUGCAGAAGGAGCCUAUUCGACAGCUUCCUCAAAAUGCUAACGUUGGUAGAAAUUACUGACCAGAAUAUGUACUUAUACACCUAUUGCAAGCAUCACAUUUUGAGUGGGGACACAGAAGAUACGACACAUGUGUCCGACGUUUGCAACUUCUUUUUCGUGUCGUCCAUUGUUGGCCUGUUUAACAUCCGCCUCAUGCAGUUUUACGUGAAUUUUUUAAAAAAAAAAAAGGAUAAAACAAAAUUUAAAAAUUCCACAACGCAUAAAAUUUACUACACCUUGUUAGGGUGGGACAUACUGCUGAAUCGAUUCAUAAAAAAUGUAGGCGAAGAAAGGAAAGAAACGAUCGAUCUGGCCAUCCUGAAUUUUGAGAGCAAAAGUGUGCACUACUUGUUUUCAAACAAAGUAGUUUACGACUUUUCUGAUUUAUCCAACCAGAUAACGUACUUAACACUUUUUUUCAAAAAUAAAUUUAUACUCAAAAAGAAGGGCAAAAAUUACUACUUUAGCCAGAGUGCCAUAUUCCACAUGUUGAGGAAACACUACGGCAAUGUGAUCUAUGAAUACGUAACGCACGAAAAAAUUCCUCUAGAUGUGUACAUCAAGAUGUAUAAUAAUGAUCAGCAAAAAAAUGUUGCCAUAGAGUUUAAUGGUAGGACACACUACGUCCUAGCGAUCACCACAGGAGUCGAUUCAACAGACAACUCUGUGCACUACACAAUGAAACAAAAUUGCAAUACCAAUUAUAAAAUGUGGAUCCUGUCGAACUUAAAUGUUUACACAAUUUCUGUGUCGUAUUACUACUGGAAUGGGUUGCACGAAUGUCAGAAGGAGCAAGACUUGCUUCAUGCGAUACAGCUCCUUUAA